AUGAUGAGCUUCGGCAGCGCGGACGCGCUGCUGGGCGCCCCGUUCGGGCCGCUAUCCGGAGGCGGCGGCUUAUACUACUCUCUGGGCCGCAAGGGCGGCGCCGGCAGCGCGCGCUCCGCAGCCGGCUCGUCCAGCGGCUUCCACUCAUGGGCGAGGACGUCCACGAGCUCCGUAUUGGCCUCUCCCGGCCGAUUCCGCGGCGCGGCCGCCGCCUCGAGCACCGACUCGCUUGACACUCUGAGCAACGGACCGGAGGGCUGCGUAGUGGCAGCGGCGGCGGCACGCAGCGAGAAAGAGCAGCUGCAGGUGCUGAACGACCGCUUCGCGGGCUACAUCGACAAGGUGCGGCAGCUCGAAGCACACAACCGCAGCCUGGAGGGCGAGGCAGCGGCGCUGCGACAGCAGCAGGCAGGCCGCGCCGCCAUGGGCGAGCUGUAUGAGCGCGAGGUGCGCGAGAUGCGCGGCGCCGUGCUGCGGCUGGGUGCGGCGCGCGGCCAGCUGCGCCUGGAGCAGGAGCACCUCCUGGAGGAUAUCGCACACGUGCGUCAGCGACUUGACGACGAGGCCCGGCAACGCGAGGAAGCCGAGGCAGCAGCGCGUGCACUAGCGCGCUUCGCGCAGGAAGCCGACGCGGCGCGAGUCGAGCUGCAGAAGAAGGCGCAGGCACUGCAGGAAGAGUGCGGUUACCUGAGGCGCCACCACCAGGAAGAGGUGGGCGAGCUGCUCGGCCAGAUCCAGGGCUGCGGCGCCGCGCAGGCGCAGACGCAGGCCGAGGCGCGCGACGCCCUGAAGUGCGACGUGACGUCGGCGCUGCGCGAGAUCCGCGCACAACUCGAGGGCCACGCGGUGCAGAGCACGCUGCAAUCUGAGGAGUGGUUCAGAGUGAGGCUGGACCGACUGUCGGAGGCGGCCAAAGUGAACACAGACGCCAUGCGCUCAGCACAGGAGGAGAUAACUGAGUACCGACGUCAGCUGCAGUCCAGGACCACGGAGCUGGAGGCACUCAAAAGCACCAAGGACUCGCUGGAGAGGCAGCGCUCUGAGCUGGAGGAUCGGCAUCAGGCAGACAUCGCGUCCUACCAGGAAGCUAUUCAGCACCUGGAUACCGAGCUGAGGAACACCAAGUGGGAGAUGGCGGCCCAGCUCCGAGAGUACCAGGACCUACUCAAUGUCAAGAUGGCUCUGGAUAUCGAGAUUGCCGCUUAUAGAAAACUCCUGGAGGGAGAAGAGUGUCGGAUUGGCUUUGGCCCAAGUCCUUUUGCCCUUCCUGAAGGACUCCCCAAAGUUCCUUCCAUAGCCACUCACAUAAAGGUCAAAAGUGAAGAGAAGAUCAAGGUGGUAGAAAAGGCAGAAAAGGAAACUGUGAUUUUGGAGGAACAGACAGAAGAGAUACAGCUAACUGAAGAAGUGACAGAAGAAGAGGAAAAAGAGGCUAAAGAGGAAGAAGAAGAGGGAGAAGAGAAGGAAGCAAAAUCUCCAGCAGAAGAGGUAUCCCCAGAGAAGGAGGUCAAGUCCCCUGUGAAGGAAGAAACAAAAUCACCCACCAAGGACAAGACCCCCGAGAAGGAAGAGGCUAAGUCACCAGCUGAAGUCAAAUCUCCAGAGAAGGAAGAGGCUAAGUCACCAGCUGAAGUCAAGUCCCCAGAAAAGGCCAAGUCCCCUGAGAAGGAAGAAGCAAAAUCUCCAGCUGAGGCCAAGUCCCCUGAGAAGGCCAAGUCCCCAGUGAAGGAAGAGGCUAAGUCUCCAGCUGAGGCCAAGUCCCCAGAGAAGGCCAAGUCCCCAGUGAAGGAAGAGGCUAAGUCUCCAGCUGAGGCCAAGUCCCCAGAGAAGGCCAAGUCCCCUGUAAAGGAAGAGGCUAAGUCUCCAGCUGAGGCCAAGUCCCCUGAGAAAGAAGAGGCUAAGUCUCCAGCUGAAGCCAAGUCCCCUGAAAAGGCCAAGUCCCCUGUGAAGGAAGAGGCUAAGUCUCCAGCUGAGGCCAAGUCCCCUGAGAAAGCCAAGUCCCCAGUGAAGAAAGAGGCUAAGUCUCCAGCUGAGGCCAAGUCCCCUGAGAAGGCCAAGAGCCCAGUGAAAGAAGAAGCAAAAUCUCCAGCCGAGGCCAAGUCUCCAGAGAAGGCCAAGUCCCCAGAGAAGGCCAAGUCUCCAGUGAAGGAAGAGGCUAAGUCUCCUGCUGAGGUCAAGUCUCCUGAAAAGGCCAAGAGCCCAGUGAAGGAAGAGGCCAAAUCUCCAGUGGAAGUCAAAUCCCCAGAGAAACCCAAGUCCCCAGUGGAGGUGAAGUCUCCAGAGAAGGCCAAAUCUCCACUGAAGGAAGAAGCAAAGUCUCCUGAGAAGGCCAAGACUCUUGAUGUGAAAUCCCCAGAAGCUAAGACACCAGUGAAGGAGGAACUAAAGUCCCCUGCAGAUAUUAAGUCCCCUGAAAAGGCCAAAAGUCCUGUCAAGGAGGAAGCUAAGUCUCCAGAGAAGGUGAAAUCUCCCGUAAAGGAGGAUGCCAAGACUCCUGAGAAGGAGGUCCCAAAGAAGGAACAGGCAAAGUCUCCUGUGAAAGAGGAGAAACCCCAGGAGGUUAAAGUCAAAGAGCCCCCAAAGAAAGUGGAGGAAGAGAAACCUCCAGCUGCACCAAAAACCGAGGAGAAGAAGGAUAGCAAGAAAGAUGAGGUGCCCAAGAAGGAAGCUGCAAAGCCUGGGGUUGAGGAGAAGAAGGAACCUGCUGUAGAGAAGCCCAAAGAAUCCAAAGUUGAAGCCAAGAAGGAAGAGACUGAAGGUAAGAAAAAAGCAGCAACCCCAGAGAAGGAAGCUCCUGCCAAGGUGGAGGUCAAGGAAGAGGCUAAAGCCAAAGAGAAGGCUGAUGUGGCCAAGAAGGAGCUAGAUGAUGCCAAGGCCAAAGAACCCAGCAAACCAUCAGAGAAGGAACCAGAAAAGCCUAAAAAGGAAGAAGCUCCAGCAGCACCGGCAAAAAAGGACACCAAGGAGGAGGCCAAGAAGCCUGAGGAGAAACCCAAGACGGAGGCCAAAGCCAAGGAGGAGGACAAGGCAAAAGAGCCCAGCAAGCCUAGCAAACCCAAGACAGAAAAGGCUGAAAAGUCCUCCAGCACAGAUCAAAAAGACAGCAAGCCUCCAGAGAAGACCCCAGAGGACAAGGCCACCAAGGGAGAGAAGUAA